AUGGAUAUGAUAGAAGAGAAAUGGUGUGCUGACCAGUUGCCCAAGGAGGAUAUUCAGGUACCUAUAACAGCACGACCAGAACCUGAACAAGACAAUGGUCAGAGCAAUGAAAGUCUACGGGAACAAGAACAGAAAUGGCUGGAUCUUGCUCUUUCAUCACUCAACAGUGUAACAGUACACUCCAGGUCACCUUGGUUCUUGGAGGUCAAGGCUGCCGGAACUUCUUCGUCCUUUCGCUUCGUUGAUCUCUACUACAUCUCAACAGAAGAGCCACUCACUACCCAAGAGCUGCUCACUACCCAAGAGCUGCUCACUACCCAAGAGCUCCUCACUACCCAAGAGCUCCUCACUACCUCCUCACUACCCAAGAGCUCCUCACUACCUCAUCACUACCCAAGAGCUCCUCACUACCCAAGAGCUCCUCACUACCUCCUCACUACCCAAGAGCUCCUCACUACCUCCUCACUACCCAAGAGCCCCUCACUAUCUCCUCACUACCCAAGAGCUGCUCACUACCCAAGAGCUCCUCACUACCCAAGAGCUCCUCACUACCCAAGAGUUCCUCACUACCUCCUCACUACCCAAGAGCUCCUCACUACCUCCUCACUACCCAAGAGCUCCUCACUACCUCAUCACUACCCAAGAGCUGCUCACUACCCAAGAGCUCCUCACUACCCAAGAGCUCCUCACUACCUCAUCACUACCCAAGAGCUGCUCACUACCCAAGAGCUCCUCACUACCCAAGAGCUCCUCACUACCCAAGAGCUCCUCACUACCCAAGAGCUCAUCACUACCUCCUCACUACCCAAGAGCUCCUCACUAUCUCCUCACUACCCAAGAGCUGCUCACUACCCAAGAGCUCCUCACUACCCAAGAGCUCCUCACUACCCAAGAGCUCCUCACUACCUCCUCACUACUCAAGAGCUCCUCACUACCUCCUCACUACCCAAGAGCUCCUCACUAUCUCCUCACUACCCAAGAGCUCCUCACUACCCAAGAGCUGCUCACUACCUUCUCACUACCCAAGAGCUCCUCACUACCCAAGAGCUCCUCACUACCCAAGAGCUGCUCACUACCUCCUCACUACCCAAGAGCUCCUCACUACCUCCUCACUACCCAAGAGCUCAUCACUAUCCAAGAGCUCCUCACUACCUCCUCACUACCCAAGAGCUCCUCACUACCUCCUCACUACCCAAGAGCUCCUCACUAUCUCCUCACUACCCAAGAGCUCCUCACUACCCAAGAGCUGCUCACUACCUCCUCACUACCCAAGAGCUCCUCACUACCCAAGAGCUCCUCACUACCCAAGAGCUGCUCACUACCUCCUCACUACCCAAGAGCUCCUCACUACCUCCUCACUACCCAAGAGCUCAUCACUACCCAAGAGCUCCUCACUACCUCCUCACUACCCAAGAGCUCCUCACUACCCAAGAGCUCCUCACUACCCAAGAGCUCCUCACUUCCCCCAUCACAACCCAAGAGCUCCUCACUACCCAAGAGCUACUCACUACCCAAGAGCUCCUCACUACCCAAGAGCUCCUCACUACCUCCUCACUACCCAAGAGCUGCUCACUACCCAAGAGCUCCUCACUACCCAAGAGCUCCUCACUACCCAAGAGCUCCUCACUACCUCAUCACUACCCAAGAGCUCCUCACUACCCAAGAGCUCCUCACUACCUCCUCACUACCCAAGAGCUGCUCACUACCCAAGAGUUCCUCACUACCCAAGAGCUCCUCACUACCCAAGAGCUCCUCACUACCCAAGGGCUCCUCACUACCUUAUCACUACCCAAGAGCUCCUCACUACCUCCUCACUACCCAAGAGCUCCUCACUACCCAAGAGCUCCUCACUACCUUAUCACUACCCAAGAGCUCCUCACUACCUCCUCACUACCCAAGAGCUCCUCACUACCUCCUCACUACCCAAGAGCUCCUCACUACCUCCUCACUACCCAAGAGCUCCUCACUACCUCCUCACUACCCAAGAGCUCCUCACUACCUCCUCACUACCCAAGAGCUCCUCACUACCUCCUCACUACCCAAGAGCUCCUCACUACCUCAUCACUACCCAAGAUCCGCACGUGA